UGAGAGCUAACUUCAUGGAGCUGACCUGACAGUUGGCUGAUCGGCUGGGACUUGACGCUAGCGAAUGUGUAUGGUUCGAUGCACUGGUAACCUACGGAGAAGGACCGGAGCUACAACUCCCGCGGACCGGAGGAAGUGCUCCCGUGUUCUCAUGUGUUCAAUUACCACCGUGCGCUAAAAAAGGGGAACGUUCCGCUCAACCCCCGACCAAGUCCCGAUGGAGUGGUCGGCCCCCGUGGAGUCGUUAGAGUAUUGGUUCGUAUCCGGCACGAUAUGCAGAUUCCUGGAAGUCGGAGGAGGAGAGGAGGAAAAGGAGGAGGAGAAGGAGGAGGAGGAGGGAGGCCGGGCCAGAGGAAUGCUACGUGUCUUGCAAGUCGCUAUUAAAGCCUCUCCGUCCUACUCCGACUAGCUCACAAAAACUUUUUGGAGGUUCGACCCGGUGCGGGCAGACAGCAGCAGCUCACCCCUCCAGCCUCCGCGUCAAGGCCCCGUGUGAGUGCAAGAAGCCCCCCGGUGUUCAGGAGUCCGUCGGCGGAGUCAACAACGCGAAAUGUCCGGAGUGAAGAAGCCUCGCACGGACCUCAACAGGUCAACCAACGUGUCGUACCAGGCCCACCAUGUCAGUCGGAGCAAGAGGGGGCAGGUUGUGGGCACCAGGGGAGGCUUCAGAGGCUGCACCAUCUGGCUCACAGGUUUGUCUGGUGCCGGGAAGACCACCAUCAGCUUUGCCCUGGAGGAGUAUCUCUUGUCGCACGCCAUCCCCUGCUACUCGCUGGACGGAGACAACAUUCGCCAUGGCCUGAACAAAAAUCUGGGCUUCUCGGCUGAAGACCGCGAGGAAAACAUCCGGCGCGUGGCCGAGGUGGCCAAACUAUUUGCUGACGCCGGGCUCGUGUGCAUCACCAGUUUCAUCUCUCCUUUUGCCGAGGAUCGUGCUGAGGCGCGGAAGAUCCAUGCGGCCGCCGGGCUUCCCUUUUUCGAGGUGUUCAUCCACGCUUCCCUUGAGGUGUGUGAGGGCAGGGAUGUGAAGGGACUCUACAAGAAGGCUCGUGCUGGAGAAAUUAAAGGUUUCACAGGGAUCGAUUCAGAUUAUGAGCGGCCUGAGGCACCAGAGCUCGUAUUGAAAACCGGUGAGCUCUCGGUGAACGAGUGCCUCCGCCAGGUGUUGGAUCUGCUCAAGGACCAGGGCAUCGUACCGAGCGAGUUCAUGGAGGAGGUGAAUGAACUCUUUGUUACGGAGAACAAGCUGAGUCUGACUGUGUCUGAUGCAAACACGCUCCCCACCAUCAGCAUCACCAAGCUGGAUCUGCAGUGGGUGCAGGUUUUGGCCGAGGGCUGGGCCAGUCCUCUGAAAGGCUUCAUGACAGAGAGAGAGUUCCUCCAGGUCUUACACUUUGGAAGCCUAUUGGAUGAUGGGACCAUCAACUUGUCCGUUCCCAUCGUGCUGCCUGUCAGCACUGAGGUCAAGCAGGAGCUGGACGGCUGUGCUGCAGUCGCUCUGGAGUACCAGGGCCAGCGAGUGGCUAUUCUCAGGAACCCAGAGUUCUACAUACAUCGCAAGGAGGAACGCUGUGCCAGACAGUGGGGCACCACUUGUCCACAGCACCCGUACAUUAAGAUGGUUAUGGAGGGAGGUGAUUGGCUGGUGGGCGGCAACCUGGAGGUGAUGGAGCGAAUCAAGUGGAACGAUGGACUCGACCAGUACCGACUUACUCCACAGGAGCUCAAGCAGAGGUUCAAAGACAUGAAAGCAGAUGCCAUAUUUGCAUUCCAGCUGCGUAACCCCGUCCACAACGGCCACGCCCUUCUGAUGCAGGUCACCAAGCGCCGUCUGCUCGAGCGAGGAUACAAGAACCCAGUCCUCUUACUGCACCCGCUGGGCGGCUGGACCAAAGAUGAUGACGUGCCUCUGGAGUGGCGCAUGAGGCAGCAUGCUGCCGUGUUGGAGGAGGGAGUUUUGGACCCAGCAAACACCAUUGUUGCCAUCUUCCCCUCACCCAUGAUGUAUGCUGGACCCACAGAGGUGCAGUGGCACUGUCGAUCCAGAAUGAUCGCAGGGGCCAACUUUUACAUUGUCGGCCGAGACCCUGCAGGCAUGCCUCACCCAGAGACCAAACAGGACCUAUAUGAACCUACCCAUGGAAGCAAGGUCCUCACCAUGGCCCCGGGCCUCACCUCUGUGGAGAUCAUCCCCUUCAGGGUAGCCGCCUACAACAAGACUAAGAAAGCUAUGGACUUUUACGACAAAGAGCGACACGCUGACUUUGAGUUCAUCUCUGGAACCAAGAUGAGGAACUUGGCUCGCAGCGGAGUGAACCCUCCUGAAGGCUUCAUGGCCCCCCGGGCCUGGAAGGUGUUGGUGGAUUACUACACCUCUCUUCAAAAGGACAAGUGAUCCCCACGAGGUUCAGAUCCCCAGUCAGUAGAAGUAUACAAUAAAAGCAUACAGUGAGUUUUAUAAAGGAGAUAGGUACGCAUUUUAUCUUAGGGGUGUUUUAGCUUAUUCUUGUAUCCAUCUUAUAUUUAGAGUGGUAAAUGUAGAUUUCUAUGAAUAAUGAGUAAUUCUGACGGGAGCGGGGUGUUCAGUUAAAGCACUACAUUAAAAAAUUUCUAUAAAACUAUGUGAUUGAUAAUCCCAUUGUAUGUUUAAAAUAAGCAUUUAAUUUAAAACUAUGUAUUUUGACAAAUUAAAAGUCUACUUU